AACAUCAAAAUUAGGGUUCAAUUGUAUCAAAUUCACAAAUCUUCUCUAAAUCGAUUUUUCCCCAAAUUUUCUCUGAAUUUUUCGCACCUCUUUGAAUCAUGGAGAUGGAACGCGUCUUCGAAUUUCCUCACACUCACAUGGAUCGUCGACCAAGGAAGAGAGCAAGGUUGGGUUGGGAUGUUCCUGAAACCCCAAAGGCUCAGGUAGAAUUGUUUUUUGGACAAGAGCUUGGGAAUAUUUCAAGCUAUGCUCCUUCAGGGGUUCCCUCGGAACACACCACUAGUUCCCUAUCUGUUAAGGGUGUUGCUCGAAAUGGUUCUCCCCCUUGGCGAGAUGAUGACAAAGAUGGCCAUUACACUUUUGCUGUUGGAGAAAAUUUAACUUCCCGCUAUAAGAUCCACAGCAAAAUGGGAGAAGGAACUUUUGGGCAGGUAUUGGAAUGCUGGGACAGAGAAAGGAAGGAAAUGGUUGCCAUUAAAAUUGUCCGUGGAAUAAAAAAAUAUCGUGAAGCAGCCAUGAUAGAAAUUGAGAUGUUGCAACAGCUUGGUAAACAUGAUAUAGGUGGCAAUCGUUGUGUGCAAAUACGGAACUGGUUUGACUAUCGUAAUCAUAUAUGUAUUGUCUUUGAGAAACUUGGACCAAGCUUAUACGAUUUUCUUCGGAAAAACAAUUAUCGCUCAUUUCCCAUUGAUCUUGUCCGUGAGAUUGGCAGACAACUAUUGGAAUGUAUAGCAUUUAUGCAUGAUUUGCGCAUGAUCCAUACUGACCUAAAGCCUGAAAACAUACUCCUUGUUUCACCAGACUAUGUCAAAGUUCCUGACUACAAGAUUUCAUCUAGGUCACCAAACUCAUAUUUCAAGAAAGUGCCCAAGUCUAGUGCUAUCAAGGUUAUUGAUUUUGGAAGCACCACAUAUGAGCGAGUAGAUCAGAGCUACAUUGUCUCAACUCGUCAUUAUAGAGCACCUGAAGUUAUCCUUGGUCUUGGCUGGAGUCAUUCAUGCGAUAUAUGGAGUGUGGGUUGUAUAUUGGUCGAGUUAUGCACGGGCGAAGCUUUGUUUCAGACUCAUGAAAAUUUAGAGCACCUUGCCAUGAUGGAGAGGGUACUUGGUCCACUACCAAUGCAUAUGUUGAAGAGAGUCGACCGACAUGCUGAGAAGUAUGUCAGAAGAGGUAAAUUGGACUGGCCGGUGGGUGCAACCUCGAGGGAGAGUAUUAAAGCUGUAAUGAAGCUCCCUAGACUACAGAAUCUAAUAAUGCAGCAUGUUGAUCAUUCAGCUGGUGAUCUCAUACAUCUGUUGCAAGGGUUACUUAGAUAUGACCCCUCUGAAAGAAUCACUGCCAAGGAAGCCCUCAGACAUUCCUUUUUUAUGAGGAGAUCACAUUAGAUGACCCACCAUUAACUAAAGUUAGAUCACGUUAGAUCCAUCAAUUACUCUUGGCCACUCCCUCCCCCCUGCAAGGUCGUCAUCAAGGUGGAUGCACAUGAGCCCAUAACAGUAUUGUGAUUUGAUGGCCACAGCCCUUCCCAAUUAAAGAGGAGGGCCAUGGCACUGUAAAAAAAUUUGUGGUCGUCUUGUGAUGCUAUUGACCACAGAUCCCUUUUUAGCUGUUUUCCGCCCUCAUCUCUUUGGCUGUCGAUCCUUAAUUAGAAAAUGUGUGCGCUCAUACUGAUCUAUAUGAAUUCAAUGUACAGAAGAUAGUUACAAUUUUUAACAUUUACGAUGUAAUUUUUGAAAUUUAAAAUUGACAUGCUUAUGUUAACUUACAGCUUAUGUUCGAAUCUGUAGGGGAAAGGACUGUUCUUUCCUUCCACAAUUUUUAUCUCCCAUCCACUUUCAACAAAGUUAGGCAUUUGUCUGAUGGGAAUUGCCCCAUUUUUGUUUUA